GAAGCCAGCCUCUUGGAACAAGCUUGGAUGCGUGUCAUUAAUCACGUUGUAUUGUCACCGAAAGGAAUCUGUAGCGCCUUGAGAAGCCCAGGUUAUAAUCGUAUUGUUUGCUAAUCAGAAACAAACAGAACGAAAUAGAGACGGAACCCAAAACGUGUCUCCCUGUUUCGUUCUGUUUACUUCAGCUGGACGGUUCCCAACUAAACCUGAGGCACUGUGGAGUACGUUGAGUAGAAGUUUUGUUUGGCGGAACGAAUAUAUCCCCGUUUUUCUGUACUGACCGUUAUCGGCUUCCGUAUUUCAAAUAUGUUUAAUGUGGUGUUGCUUCGUGUGUUAGCCCCCCACACACUUCUGCCAGGUAGCCUACAUUGCAUGCAGGGAGUGUAAUCAAGCUGCUUACUAUAGGUUUUCUUUACUCAACAUCGACGACGAAAACAACAUUAGACGUGACAUAAUUUCAGCCUCCUUCAGUUGUUCCGGGGCCUACAAUGACAUCGGCUUCACAACACCGGUCAGUGUUUGAUUACUGUCUUCAUGACUCGGCUCUGCAAGACCUCAGAGAAGUCGUGCGUGUCCAUGAGACGCCUGUACUCUCCAAGACUACGUCACACAGCCUUGGAGGAACUCAGUGCCCAGAGGGAGACGUGUCCGAUGACGGACAGGCUGAGGGAGCGUGCAGUCUGGGUAAAGACACUGCUGCCAGAGAUGUGUCAAACAGGAUGUGGUGUUCUGCCUGUCACUGCUCCUUUGACACACGGGAGGAGCAGAUGGAACACUAUAAACUGGACUGGCACCGUUUCAACCUGAGGCAGAGGCUAGCUGGGCAAACAGCCGUCACCGCUGAGGAGUUUGAGAGAAAGACCGGCACAGGCGACAUGUCCAGUAUCUCAGGUUCUGACUCCGAGGAGGAAGAGGGGGAGGAGUCGGACAGUGAAUGGGCUGUGGGGAACACCCCUGUACAGAAUCAUCUUGGUGUUCUAGAAGCAGAACCCUCCCGUGGCCUUUCCACCAGGGUGGUGUUCCAGAACUCUCAGGGCCAGUACCUGGUCCUCCAUCGUUGUGUCCUGCAGAACAAGUCUGGUCUCGAGAUGGACAUGGUGUCUUCUCUACGCAGUUUCAGUCAUAAGACGGUGUGGGUCAUUCUGAUGACCGGGGGGGGCCACUUUGCUGGAGCCGUGUUCCAAGGGAGAGAGGUGUUGCACCACAAGACCUUCCACCGGUACACAGUGAGAGCCAAGCGGGGAACCGCCCAGGGCCUGAGAGACGCUAAGAACAGCAGCCACACGCCCAAGUCCGCCGGAGCCGCGCUGAGGAGAUACAACGAGACCGCCCUGGUCAAGGAGGUCCAGGACCUGUUAGAGAGCUGGUCUGAACACCUGAGUGAUGCCAGCGCCAUAUUUCUGCGUGCCCCCAGUUACAAUAAGACCAUGUUCUUCAGUGGCAAGGUGGCUUUGCUGGACAGGAAGGACCCUCGCAUCAGAACGCUUCCUUUCCCCACACGCAGAGCCACCUUCCGAGAGAUUAAGAGAGUACAUGACAUCCUCUCCACUCUACAUGUGUAUGAAAAGGACUCUGAGUUCUCAGACAUCUUGAGUCCUAAGAAAGUGUGGAAAAAGAAAACACCUAAAGCUACAGCUGAGCCAAACCCUGACCAGGAGAUCACAUCACCCCCAUUAGAGGAGGAGAGUGAAGGAGAGGAGGUACAGCUGGAGACGGUGGAGGUGACCAUGGGGACCCUGGACCUCCGGGAACAUGAGAUAUACCCCGUUAGGAGAAGAAGGAGGAGGAAGAAGGAGGGACGCAGGACAGAGGACACAGAGCUGAGUAACAGGGAAGCUGAAGAUAAUGGGGAGGAGUUGGAAGACGCCAAUCAGGAUAGAGGAGAGAAGAACCAGGAGAGCAAGAGGUGCCCCAAGAGCCAGAAGAGACAACAUGAAGAAGAGCCUGAUGUAUGGGAGUAUGGUCUGAGAGAUACUCUGUACACGGCCUGUAAGACUGGAGACCUGGACACCCUCACCAGCCUGCUGCAGCGGUCUGAACGGAGGCAAGAGGAGGGAGAGGAUGAGCUGAAGGACAACAAGACGAAAGAUCAGGGCAGACAGGAGGUGCAGGGGGAGAUGUUAGACCGAGGGAGCUGCUCCCCUGUGGAACCUGCAGCCCUGUGCCCAGUAACCCUCCUGAACCAACCCAUUGACUCCUCUGGCUUCACCCUUCUCCACGUGGCAUCGGCAGCCGGGCAGAAAGCUGUGGUCCGACUGCUGAUGGAGGCAGGAAGCGACCCAGCAUGCAGAGAUAAGAAGGGCCAGACGCCCUAUGGGGUUGCUCCUGAGAAGGACACCAGGAACACGUUUCGAAAAUACAUGGCUGAACACCCCAACAGAUACAACUAUAGCAAAGCUCAGGUUCCAGGGCCGCUGACCGCAGAGCUGGAGUCCAAGAAGACGGAGAAGAAGAAGGCCCAGAAAGCAGCAAAAAAACAGCGGGAGAGAGAACAGAGAGAAGAGAGGCGAGCCCUGGAGAUGGAGGCGGAGGAGAAGAAGAGAUUUGCCUCUCUAAGUGACCGAGAGAAGAGAGCCUUGGCGGCUGAGAAGAGAUUGGCAGAGCAGAAAGCAUCUACAGGGCUCGACCUUUCAAACACCAGGCGGUGUUGGCAGUGUGGAGAGUCUUUGGUGGGGAAGGUCCCAUUUCAGUACCUGGACUUCUCCUUCUGCACCCCUCGCUGUGUUCAGCAGCACCGCAAGGCCAGCGUCUGCCCCUGACCUGAGAGAAGCCCUCAGCUGUAACCCGGCUAACUGAACCCCACCAUUAUAUUGCCUUUACGCUGAAAGAAGCUCAUCUGCCCUCCGCCAGCAGGGGGAGACAGAGACACUCAUGGUUUAACACCCAGGCCUCCUCAGGGACUCUGCAGGUGUCUAGAAGUAGACUUAAUGUGAGACGCUUCUCUGAAAUGGGAUGGCUCUUUCAGGUCUUCUUCCUCAGAGCUGGUGACAAGUGUUGGGAUUUAUGUCAGUGCAGAAUUUAAUAAUAAUAAUAAACAAUGUUAACUUUGA